AUGGGAUCCUCUGAGCUUCCAGGGCGCGCGGCCCUUACUGCACGCGUCCUUCCAUCUAUGGUACUCAGUGACGGCAGUGCCUCUUCGAUGACCCCAGCCCCGGCCUCCAACAUCGAGACUGAUGCUGCCGUUGGCGCCCAGAAAAGGUUCAACGUCCAAGGAAACGCCGUUAUUACUGGAGGCGCGGGGACAUUGGGCCUGCAGUCUUGCGAUGCUCUCCUCGAGCACGGCCUCCAGGGCCUCAUGAUCUUCGACGUCAACCCAGACAACUCCCAAGAGGAAAUUGCCCGAAUGAAGGCUAAGUUCCCAGCUGCCAAAAUACACACACAGAAGGUCGAUGUCACGGACGAAGACGCUGUCAAGGAAGCGAUGGAAGAAACGGUGCGCCAGCUCGGAUCCAUCGAUAUACUCGUCUGCUUCGUGGGGGUUGUUGGCUGCAUGGACGCGCUCGAGAUGCCCAUCUCCCAGUGGCGAAAAGUUCUAGACGUCAACACCACUGGAUCUUUUAUCUGUGCUCAAGCAGCGGCCCGGGAAAUGGUGAAGCACGGAAACGGAGGCUCUAUCACCUUCGUCGCCUCGAUUUCGGCCCAUCGCGUCAACUACCCGCAGCCGCAGGUGGCAUACAAUGUCAGCAAGUCUGCUCUUCUCAUGCUGAAGAGCUGUCUUGCCGCUGAAUGGGCUCGCUACGGUAUUCGGACCAAUAGCGUGAGUCCCGGAUAUAUGGACACGAUUCUGAACGAAGGCGAUAAUAUCGCAUUGCACAGAAAGAUCUGGGCUGAGCGCAAUCCCAGUGGUAGAAUGGGGAGUCCAUCUGAGUUGACGGGGGCGAUUGUUCUCCUUGCUAGCACUGCAGGGACGUACAUGAAUGGUUCAGACAUCGUUGUUGAUGGUGGUGCUAUUGUGUUCUAG